AUGUUCGAUAUGGAUCGAAUGUUUACGGAUAAAUUGGACCUACCGAAUAUUGUGUUGGCGAUUCGAAUGCACGGCGGGGAUAUAGAAUUCGGAGCAAAGGCCUAUGCGGAACGAGCCGGGGCGAUUACGCACGUCAUUGUCGAGUCUAUAAGGACCCAACACGCCCAUCUGGCCCUGAAAGAUCGCAAACGUCUGGUGACAAUGCAGUGGUUGGUGGAUGUGCUCAUGAAGAAACAAAUGGAUGUGCCGUGGCGGCAUGCACAUUUGCCGUCGGUGUUUGUAGAUGGUUGCAGACCGCUUCUAGGGAAGGUCCGUUGCGCUGGCGUUGAAAAAGUCGAGAAGGCACGUGAAUGGGAUAUCCAAGUGGUGAAUUAUCAAUGGUUGGCUGAUAACUAUGCCGGUCAAAGGGUGGAAGCUGAUAAUCAACGUUAUCAGCUUGGUCAGCCAUGUGAUGGGGUCUCACCGGGUCCUUAUGCAUUGGAAAUGAUUAACGAUCAGUUCAAACAGCUUCUACAAUGCAGUCAGCGCCUCCAAGUGAAGCGGAAAUCGCGGCCAAAGCACAGGAACACAAAGAAGUCUGGCACCACGCAUCCUGCAUACGUGGUUGCGUUCAGUGGAAUUGAUGACGAAAAUAAGCAUGUCUUAACUCAGCAUUCAGUAUGCGGUGACUAUCGGUACAUUGUUCAGAAACUCCGAUAUUUGGGCGGGCGAGCGUGUGAGGAGGUGUCUGAAUGUACACACCUGGUGACAACGAAUGGACGUCGCACGGAGCGGCUACUGGAGGCGAUUUGUUUGGGCAAAAACAUCGUGAAUCCUUAUUGGAUAGUGCACGGAUAUGAAUGUCGACAGUGGAUGGGUUAG